UUUCCCCUCCCGGGCCCGGUGCGCCGCCUUGAAAAACUUGUGCGGGGCCAUUUUUGGGGCAGUAAGAUCCCGCGCGGAGCCCCGGAGCCAGCGCGCAGCCCCGAGAGCUCGAGCAGCCCGGGCCGCGAGAACCCCCCGCCCCGCCCCGCCCCGCCCCGGCCUCCGAGAGCGAGCCCGGCCGCCGGCGCCGCGCCAACCGCCCACCAACCGCCACCGAGGCGCCCGAGAGCGAGCAGAGGAGGCGGCAUGAGCGAGGCGGGCGAGGCCACCACCACCUCCUCCUCCUCCUCCCUCCCGCAGGCUCCGGCCGAGGCGGCCCAGGACCCCGCGCCCAAGAGCCCGGCGGCCGGCGGCGCCACCCCGGCCGCCUCCGCGGUGCCCGCCAACCCGGCUGGGGACGCGGCCCCCGCCGCCCCCGGCCCCGCGGCCCCCGGCUCGUCAGUCCCGGCCGGCAGCGAGGACGCGGAGAAGAAAGUUCUCGCCACCAAAGUCCUUGGCACUGUCAAAUGGUUCAACGUCAGAAACGGAUAUGGAUUUAUAAAUCGAAAUGACACCAAAGAAGAUGUAUUUGUACAUCAGACUGCCAUCAAGAAGAAUAACCCACGGAAAUAUCUGCGCAGUGUAGGAGAUGGAGAAACUGUAGAGUUUGAUGUGGUUGAAGGAGAGAAGGGUGCAGAAGCAGCCAAUGUGACUGGGCCAGAUGGAGUUCCUGUUGAAGGGAGCCGUUAUGCUGCUGACCGGCGCCGUUACAGACGUGGCUACUAUGGCAGACGCCGGGGGCCUCCCCGUAAUUACGCUGGGGAGGAGGAGGAGGAAGGGAGCGGCAGCAGUGAAGGAUUUGACCCCUCUGCCACUGACGGGCAGUUCUCUGGGUCCAGGAGUCAGCUGCGCCGCCCCCAGUACCGCCCUCAGUACCGCCAGCGGCGGUUCCCGCCUUACCACGUGGGACAGACCUUUGACCGUCGCUCCCGGGUCUUUCCCCAUCCCAACAGAAUGCAGGCCGGUGAGAUUGGAGAGAUGAAAGAAGGCGUCCCAGAGGGAGCACAGCUUCAGGGACCGGUUCAUAGAAAUCCAACCUACCGCCCACGGUACCGUAGGGGACCUCCUCGCCCACGCCCUGUCCCACCUGUUGGAGAGGUUGAAGAUAAAGAGAACCUACAAGCGGCCAAUAGUCCAAACCAGCCAUCUGUCCGCCGUGGAUACCGGCGCCCCUACAAUUACCGGCGUCGCUCCCGCCCUCUUAAUACUCUCUCACAAGAUGGCAAAGAGACCAAGGCAGGUGAGGCACCAUCGGAGAACCCUGCUCCGGCCACCGAGCAGAGCAGUGCUGAGUAACACCAGGCUCCCCAGGCACCUUCACCAUCAACAGGUGACCUAAAGAAUUAACGAAAAUAGAGCAAAGAACAGACCACGACCUUAUCAACACCAAAGAAACAAUACAAGCAAUAAAGUGGAAGAUUAAUCAAGAAGUGGACAUUAGAAUAUUUACUGUUAUUCUUUAUGAAACAGUGAUGAAAGAAGAAAACUGUCAGCAAAAUUUCCCAGACAGCUGGGGUCAUGGGAAUGUCUGCACAGGAGACAAGAGAGCAACCUCCCCGGUUUCAGCAACCACUAGGUUUAUAUUUUUUUUCCUGGUUUUUAUUGUUUUGGUAAUAUGAAUUGAAAGAAGAAAUAUUAAUACCAUGGGGGGGAGAGCUCCCAACCAGAGAAAUCUGAAAUAUAUAGUAAAUGCUUUUUUCCUUUUUUUUUUGUUCAUUUUGGAUGCAGGUGCUAAACUUCCAAGUGUCAUAAUUUAAAAAGAAAUUUUAUGCCCUUAUUUAUUUCUAGGAUGAGGGGGAGGAUACCAUUUUUGCUUACUUAUUGACUCUCUUUUGAAAAUGUGCAGUAUGAAGUUCCUCAGAAAUAAAAAAAUUUUUACCCUUGAAAGGAAAUGUAUAA